AACGAAGAACAUCAUCAACAACAACAACAACAACAUGCUCUUCUCUGAUACGCCAAAUUGGUUACAGCUGUUUCCACGAUUUCUCUCUCUCUCUCCAUCGCUUUUUUCCUUCCACUCUCCACUAUUUCUCUAUUCUUUUCCAACCCAAUAGUGACAUUCAAAACUCGAGAUCAGAGUAAAAUUUCCCUUUCUCAAUUGGGUAUUUCCAAAACUUUUCACCUCAAUUUUAUCGCUUCAUUCUCUUUUUCUGUUCUUGUUUCUUCUGAAAUUCAAAAGGGUUGGUAGUAUUACCCCUUACCCAUCUCUUUCUUUAUUUGAUUUAAUCCAUUAUUGAACUGUUUGGUAUUUUAGAAGAAAAUUGAACAAAACCCCUUCUCCUCCCCCUUAAAUUUCUCCGUCUAUUUCGUGAGAAAUAAUGCAGAUUUCAGCGAAGGAAAAGGGUUUAUUAUAAAUUUCUGUUCCUGAUUCCAGUGAGAGAGUGAGGGAAAUAGGGUGUUUCCUUUUCUGGGUUUGGUUUAUUUUAGGGUUUGUGUGGCAGUCUCGUGAUCUGUGAAGUCUUCUACGUGACAUUCAAGACUUUUGUUGCUAUGGGGAUUGGGUUUUUUUCUUGUUUUUUAAUAGCUUCUUGUUAGAUCUCUAAAAACAUUCAUCCUUUCACAUUUAGAAAGAGAAUUAGAGGGAAAGUGAAGGGGAAUUGGAUUGGAAGUGGGAUUUGAGUUUAGGGGAAAUGUUGCUGUUCUUAUUCUUCUUCAGGAAUUUUGGCUGCUUUGCUUUCUAUGGAGCACUGCAGUACUGUUUCUACUUAGCUACUAAUCACAAGGAUACUUGAGCCUGUCGAAAUAUAAACGAUCUGUAUCAAAUGGACAAAAAAUUGUGAGGAAAAUGGAUCCUCAGGCGUUUAUUAGGUUGUCAAUUGGAUCGUUGGGAUUGAGAAUCCCAGGAACUUCUCUAAACUCUACAAAACCUGGAGUCAAUGCUUUCUCUUCUCCGUGUUCGUGUGAAAUUCGUCUUCGGGGUUUCCCUGUGCAGACAUCUUCAAUCCCGCUAGUCCCAUCUCCUGAAGCAAUACCUGACUCUCAUAGCAUUGUCUCAAGCUUCUAUCUUGAAGAGUCUGAUCUGAAAGCAUUACUGGCACCUGGCUGCUUCUACAACACUCAUGCCUGUCUUGAAAUAUCUGUCUUCUCUGGAAGGAAGGGAUCCCACUGUGGUGUUGGCAUCAAAAGGCAGCUGAUCGGGACGUUUAAACUGGACGUUGGUCCCGAAUGGGGUGAUGGGAAGCCAGUCAUUCUUUUCAAUGGGUGGAUAGGCAUUGGCAAAAGCAAGAAUGAAAAUGGAAGACAUGGAGCAGAGCUUCAUUUGAGAGUGAAACUAGAUCCUGAUCCAAGAUAUGUUUUUCAGUUUGAAGAUGUUACUAGAUUAAGCCCGCAAAUCGUCCAGCUUCAAGGCUCGAUUAAACAACCGAUCUUUAGCUGCAAAUUUAGUCGAGACAGGGUAUCCCAGGCGGAUUCAUUGAGCAACUAUUGGUCAGGUCCUGGUGAUGGCUCAGAUCUCGAGGUCGAGCGAAGAGAAAGAAAAGGCUGGAAGGUGAAGAUACAUGAUCUUUCUGGCUCGGCUGUUGCAGCAGCCUUCAUAACUACUCCCUUUGUGCCAUCAACAGGUUGCGAUUGGGUUGCCAGGUCGAACCCCGGGUCCUGGCUGAUUGUUCGUCCCGAUGUUUGCAUACCUGAAAGUUGGCAGCCAUGGGGAAAGCUCGAGGCGUGGCGCGAGCGUGGGAUUAGAGACACUGUCUGCUGUCGCUUUCACCUUCUCUCCGAAGCCCAAGAGGGAGGGGAACUUCUCAUGUCUGAGAUCCAUAUCAAUGCCGAGAAAGGUGGGGAGUUUUUCAUAGACACUGACAAACAGUUGCGAGCAGCAACAAGUCCAAUACCAAGCCCGCAGAGCAGCGGAGACUUUGCAGCAUUAGGCCAAGUGGUUGGAGGUUUUGUCAUGAGUUGCAGAGUACAAGGAGAAGGAAAAAGCAGUAAGCCAAUGGUUCAACUUGCAAUGCGACAUGUGACAUGUAUAGAAGAUGCUGCCAUUUUCAUGGCGCUUGCAGCUGCAGUUGAUCUCAGCAUCGAGGCAUGUAGGCCGUUCCGAAGGAAGAUUAGGAGAGCGCCUCGGCAUUCUUAGGGAGAAAAAGGAAAGGAAAAGGAAAAAAAAAAAAAAAAAGAAAGAAAGAAGUGCUUUUAAGGUAAAAUUGAUGUGUAGAAAAACAUAAACAAAGAUGGGCAUACAUCUGUAUGAAUUUAUCUCUCAAGGCUAUAAAAUUUGGCAUUUUGUACAGCAUAA